AUGUCUGACGCAGAAGACGUGGUGGAAGAGUACGAAGAGGAGCAGGAAGCAGAAGAAGCUGUGGAAGAAGAGGAAGACUGGAGAGAGGAGGAUGACGAGCAGGAGGAGGUAGCAGAAGAAGAGGCUGAGGGGGAAGCUGAGGCCGAGGCUGAGGAUGAGACUGAGGAGACCAACGAAAAAGAAGAUGGACAAGAAGAGGAGGAGGAGGAUAAAGACGCUGAGGAUGGCCAAGUGGAAGAGUCCAAACCCAAGCCGAGGCUGUUCAUGCCCAACUUGGUGCCGCCCAAGAUCCCCGAUGGAGAGAGGGUAGACUUUGAUGAUAUCCACCGGAAGCGCAUGGAGAAGGACCUGAACGAGUUGCAGACGCUGAUUGAGGCUCACUUUGAGAACAGGAAGAAGGAGGAGGAGGAGCUCAUUUCGCUCAAAGACAGGAUAGAGAAGCGGCGGGCAGAGCGCGCGGAGCAGCAGCGCAUCCGGAAUGAGCGUGAGAAGGAGCGUCAGACCCGCCUGGCUGAAGAGAAGGCCCGGCGAGAGGAGGAGGAGAACAGGAGGAAGGCAGAGGAUGAGGCGCGGAAGAAGAAGGCUUUGUCCAACUUGAUGCAUUUUGGAGGAUACAUCCAGAAGAUGGCAGAGACGGAGCGGAAGAGUGGGAAGAGGCAGACAGAGAGGGAAAAGAAGAAGAAGAUUCUGGCUGAGAGGAGGAAGGUGCUGGCCAUCGACCACCUGAAUGAAGAUCAGCUGAGAGAGAAGGCCAAGGAACUGUGGCAGAGCAUCUAUAACCUGGAGGCCGAGAAGUUUGACCUGCAGGAGAAGUUCAAGCAGCAGAAAUACGAAAUCAAUGUUCUCCGAAACAGGAUCAAUGAUAACCAGAAAGUCUCCAAGACCUGUGGGAAGGCCAAAGUUACCGGGCGCUGGAAGUAG